AAAAUAUGUUUGUAAAAGCUACCGACCUCGGGCAUAACGUUGUAGUGUUUGCAGCAAAGAAGGUAUCCAGGUCAGAGAGAACUACAGAGAGCUAGCGGGAGACACUGUUCUAGAGAGAGAGAGAGAGAGAGAGAGAGAGGGAGAUGGUUGGACCAGAAAGACCUCAGUUUGUGAUAUUUGGUUCGUCCAUCGUCCAGUUCAGUUACAGCCAUGGAGGAUGGGGUGCCGUUCUCGCUGACCUAUAUGCUCGUAAGGCGGACGUACUGCUGCGAGGAUAUGCUGGUUGGAACUCGAGGCGUGCUCUGCAGGUUUUGGAGCAAGUUUUUCCUAAGGAUGCUACAACUCAGCCAUCUUUGGUGAUAGUUUAUUUCGGUGGUAAUGAUUCAAUGCAUCCUCAUCCGUCGGGCCUAGGCGCUCAUGUACCACUUAAUGAAUAUGUAGAAAAUAUGCGGAAGAUUGCUAAACAUUUAAAGAGCCUUUCAGAAAAAACUCGGGUCAUCUUUCUUACUGCUCCUCCUGUCAACGAGGAACAAAUACGUGAAAACUUGAGUGAUCAAACUUCGCCGCAGAAGCGAACUAACGAGUCCUGCAAAAUAUAUUCGGAUGCUUGUUUAGAGGUGUGCCAGGAGUUUGAUGUCAAAGGUGUUGAUUUGUGGACUUCAAUUCAGAAAAUAAAAGACUGGUCUACUACUUGCUUUAGGGAUGGAAUCCAUUUUUCAUCCGAAGGGAGCAAGAUUGUGGCGGAGGAGAUACUGAAGGUUCUUAGGGAAGCAGACUGGGAGCCCUGCCUACACUGGAAGUCGUUGCCAACAGAAUUUUUGGAGGAUUCACCUUAUGACCCGCCCAGUGCUGAUGGAACCACAACCGUGAACAUUGCUGAGCAGAGCGCUGCGGCAAGUCCCAUGAAGUGGGGGCUAAGCAAUGAGAUUUAAGAUAUAUGAUUAGCAGAAACCUAGCUGAAUCAUAUAGCUGAAGGCAAGGGAUGUAUUAAGCCUGUUACUUUGCAGAAUUGAUAAUAAUUGACGACUCGUAUGUAGAUCCAAUAGUAGAGAGCAUUCGAGUUCAAGGCAAGAGUUCAACUCUCGCGCCUUCGGCCUAAGGCCUCCUUUGUACCAAAAGGAGAAUUGUAACUGAAUAAUCUGAUUUAUUCAUGAUACUAAAAGAUUUUACUCGGA